AUGGAAGAGCUAGUGCGCUGGGCCACAUCCCACGGGGCCGCCCUCCACCCCUCGGUCGAGGUCUACGACGACCCCAACACCGGCAACUCCUUCCGCGCCUCCCCGGGCGGCCCCGGCGUCAAGCCGGGCGAGACCGUCGUCACCUGUCCCAUGGACCUGACGCUGUCCUAUCUCAACGCCAUCACCACCCCUAGCCCGGGCUUCCAUCACGAAAACAAUAAGGACGACGGUGACGACAACGACACCACCGACUCGUCAAGCCCCUUUCCCCCUGCAUUCCUCGCCUCCGUCCCGCCCCACGUCAUCGGCCGUUUCUUCCUCAUCCACCAGUACCUCCUCGGCAAGGCGUCCUUCUGGCACCCCUACAUCAGCACCCUCCCCCAGCCCGAGCACCUGCAGUCCUGGAUCCUCCCGCCACUCUGGCCCUCGGAUGACAUCGAGCUGCUCGAGGAUACAAACGUCCACGUCGCCGUCGCCGAGACCAAAGCGCGCCUCAAGGCCGAGUACAAGCACGCCGUCGCCGCCCUCGGCGACGACAGCGCCGCCGCCCGCCGCGGGUACACCCGCCUCCUCUACCACUGGGCCUACUGCAUCUUCGCCAGCCGCAGCUUCCGCCCCUCCCUCGUCAUCCCCGCCGCCCGCAAGGCGACCCUGGCCCUCCCCGAGGGGUGCGCCGUCGACGACUUCUCCCUGCUCAUGCCCCUCCUCGACGUCGGCAACCACGCCCCCACGGCUGCCGUCACCUGGGACACCGACGCCGGCGGGAACGGCGCGUCCAACUCGUGCGCGCUGCGCACGCUGGACCCCUACGCGCCCGGCGCCCAGGUCUUCAACAACUACGGCACGAGCAAGACCAACGCCGAACUGAUGCUCGCCUACGGCUUCUGCGUCCCCGAGUCCGCCGGCCUGCACAACGACUACGUCCACGUCCAGAAGCGCGGGGCCGCUGCCGCUGCCGCUGCCGCCGGGGGCGCCGACGCCGCCAAGGCCAUGGACUACCUCAUCUCCCUCCGCCCCGUCGCCGACCCGAGCUCCGCGGCGGCGAGGGCCGUGCGGAUGCUCGCCGACGUCGACGGCGCGAGGGUCCUGCCGCCGUUCCGGCACGUGCAGGACACCAUGGUCUGGGACCUGGUCCUGGCGCAGACGACGGCCGAGCAGCGCGAGGCCAUGCUCCCCGUCUCCGAGGCCGCCGGCGCCGACGCGGACCUGGAGCGGCUGCGGAAGGUGCUGACGGGGGACGCCCCCGCGGCUUUCCGGCCGGUGCUGUUCCAGACCGUCGCCAUCAUCCAGGACAAGGUCCUCCAGGAGCUCGAGCGGCUGGACCAGUCCGAGUUCGAGAUGGAGGAGGCCGGGGCGACGCGGAACCAGCUCAUGGCAUAUCACUACCGCAGACAGUGCAGAAAGGUCCUGGAGAACGUGCUCGAGUCCAUGGUGUUGCCCGAAGAGCUCUCAUAG